AUGUUGCAAAGCAAUGUUUUCUUGUGUAUUAUAAUCAUAAUUGUCUCAAUAUUUUCAACUCCGGCUAGAGCAUCAUUGAGAGAUGUUACUUCAGAGGCUUUUGGACCUAAUUUUAAGGGUGUCACUGCUGCGUUUGGGGAUUUCAAUGCCGAUAAAAACAUUGAUAUUUUUGUGAUAACAGAUGGAGGAACCAGUGUCCAAGUUUUACUUACAUCUAUGGAAAAUGAGCCAUUUAAAAGUGUCACUUUGUUGAAAAACAGCAGCAGCAUUGGAAUUAUCAGCAAUGUAGUUCCUGCUGACUUUGAUGGAGAUACUCAAAUGGAUUUGUUGGUCACUCGUAAAGUCGACACAUCCACAAAAUACAGUGUUAAAGUUCAAAUUUACUGGGGUAUGCUGACCACAGACAGUCUAGAGUCAGAUCCAUUGACAUUAUCAGAAACCUUUGAUGACCAGCCCCUAUUAUUGGAUGCAAAUGGUGAUCUCAUACCUGAUCUUCUUGGUGAGCAGGAUGGAAAUGCCUAUUAUUGGAUAUUCAAUCAGGGAGACAGAGGAAACAUCACCAAGCAGGCUGUCAUUACUCCAUCAGUAAAACUGAAUCUCACGAAGCCUCAGUCCAGUGGUUUUGUGGACGUAGAUGGUGACCUUACAGCAGAUAUAAGUUUGGUGACUGACAAAGGAAUUGAACAGUGGAAUAAUGUGCAUGGUGCAUUCCACACAGAUCACCCUGUUUUUGCAUACCCCUCUGAGAUGAAGGAUGGCACCCGAGGUCAGGCAACAUAUGUGGAUGUUGAUGCAGACAGCAAGGUGGAUGUACUGAUGCCAAGUUGUGAUGGAGAUGUUUGUGACAUCUGGGUCCUCUCAAAGCUUGAAUGGCAUAAACUUGGUGUCAACUUUAACUCGGGUAGCGACACCAUGUGGAGAUUUGUGACUCCUGAAAAGAACCCUUCAGGGAUGGAACAGCUUCCUGUCACAUUGAGAUCUGGGGAUUUUGACUUGGAUGGCUUCCCAGAUCUACUGGCUGUACUCCAACACACCAAGACUGAUGGAGAGUUGUUACAGAGGGCGUACAUUCUGCUGAAUGUUGGAUGUAGUGGAACAGGGUGUGAAAACUUCCCCAGGACGUACAAAGUAUCAUGGACUACUAACCUACAUAGUCAUUCCCACAGAGCUGUACUCGCCACAUUCUUUGAUUACCAGGAAAAUGGUAUCAUGGAUGUCAUGGUGACAACUUACACUAGUAGUAAUCAGUAUCAGAUUCAUAUGAUGCAGCACACGUUUGAACAAGACGCCUGCUUUAUGAAAGUCAUGGUGACCAGUGGGGUUUGUUCAGAUAACUGUCCAGCUCACAGAAAGCCAUAUGGAAUCAACCAGCCAGGUCCAGUAGCUAAGUUUUCUACUUUGGACACUAAUGGAGACCCUCAGGUUGGCGCUGCCACCCAGUUGACGCAGUCAGCAUACUUUUCUCUGCAGCAGCCUUAUAUUGUGUUUGGACUUGGACAGACACCAAACUUUGUAGACAAGUUAUAUGUUGGGAUCCCACAUCCUAAUGGCACGGACGUCAGGACAAGGAGCUGGUCGUCUGUCAUACCAAACUCUCAGCUUGUCGUCAUACCCUACCCUCACGAUGAACCAUCCAGCUGGACAAACAAGCUUUUUGUCACUCCCAGCAAGCUUGUACUGUUGACUGGUGCUGCCCUCUUAGGGACAUGUGGUUUUCUGGCCGCGAUUGUUGGGAUUCUACACUGGAGAGAGAAGGUUGAAGAUAAAAAAGAAAAACUACAAGAUGCCCACAAGUUCCACUUUGAUGCUAUGUAAACCACACAAGGAAAUCCUAACAGUCCUUCAUUCUGUCAGUUCUACCAUGUUGAGGUGAAGGGUUUCACAUGGAUGCCCUGGAUUGUCUGUUUUACUGUUGAGGUAGACGAGAUUCAACAUCUACAACAGUGCAUUUAUCUGGAAUUUUAGAGUCCAGCAAAGAAACAGUUUGAAAUGGAUCCUUUCUGAAAUCUCAUUAUUAGUAUAACCUGACUGUCUUGCUUAUCUCUUUACACUAUCCACAGUAAUCAAGGGGCUUUAAGUGCUAACUUUUUCCGUCCAUAUCAAUAAUGAUUUACAUUCAGUUUCUUCUGUGUUCAUCAUACCAACCUCAUAUGUUUAUUUACAAAAUACAGAUUCGUAUAGUUGUCAUUCUCUGCUGAAUGGUUUUAAUUUGAAUUCCAAUAUUGCCCCAUAAAUAUGUUUUUAGUAUUUUUUUUUCUUCUUUAAGGGAGCUUUUCCUGAUCUGGAACACAAAAUCCCUGAUUAAUGAGUGCAAUAAGUUUUCAAGGGACUGAUUUGAAAAAUUGAAGUCUGAAUUGUGCUUUUCUAAUGUAGGUGUCCAUCACUUGGUUAAGGAUUUCGGUGGGGGAAGGCGGUCACUCCAAUACAAUGGUAUCUGUAGGAUAUUCACGGAUAAGUUUACAGGAUGGGGGAGGGAUAUAACUGUUCUUUUAAAUGUGUCGAUGGUUGUGUAACCUUAAUUAGGCUUUUGUAUAAACAUGUUGGAGUGGGAUGAAGUAUUAUAUAGAAAUAUAAAGGCUAUGCACGUAGGUAAUUUUAAGCAGGUGUUUUAUAUCAUCUGUACAAAUAUGAUGAAGUAAUUUAUUAACAAAUAUAGAGAAAAUGUGUUCAUAUUGAUAAUAGAUGACAUCUGUUGUCUUUCAAGAAAUGUAACAAAUAUUUUGCCUGCCUUCAGAUUGUUUUCUGUUUUAUAGUGAGCUGUGAAAACAUUCCUCUUCUGCUGUGAUAGGUCUUUAUACUGUGUAUGAUCAGUAUUUUGUGAUUGUACAUGUAUUGUGUGGUAGUUAUAAGGUGGAAGUAGUCUGUAAAUUCAGGUACAAAGUUCUGUGAAGUUUCGUUGUAUAGCAGUGAAAAAGUCUACAGUGGUGAGUGACCUACCAUGUUAUAUGGUAUUCAAAAUUGCAAAACUGACACAGAUACAUAUGAAUUUUAAUGUCUGGUAUUCAAAAUGACAAAUGUGUGUAGUCAUAUGUGAAGUACAAGACUGUAAGGAUGUAUGGCUGUCAAGAUAUCAGAGUUGAAUGUAAAUUCAAGUACAUUAUUCUGUGAAGUUUAAAUGAAUGACUAUACAGUUGUUAGAAUUGUGAAGUCAGAAUGAGAGAGUCUUGAGUGAAGUGCAUUGUGAAUGCAUUUUAGAUGUAUGGUAGUCAAAAUGUGAGUCAUGUCGGAAGAUUUAAUGUGUGAUAUACAGUUUGUAUGGGAUUAACUUCAGGUUACAUUUUACUUUGUCAUUUGAUGACAAGCAUCAUUUUCUUAGAUGAUAACUAGUAUUUGAAUGUAAAAAAAAAACUCAUUCAGACAAUAAUUAUCAGAUGUAUUUUACAGAUUUCCUUCAAUUUGGAAUGAACUGAUGACAAAUUUCAGAGAACAAAAAUGCUCAGUGUAUGAAUAUGUAGUGAAGAACUUUCUUAGAGUUGAAAGUUUCAGUGACUGGGGCCACAGCUUGUGUAGUUCACGAGGACUUUAUGACAUGAAAUGUGAACAUGUCUGUAGAAGUUUGGUCGGACAGUCAAAUUAGCUAUUUUAUUUUCAAGCUACAAAGGUAGCAGUAUGAAAAUAUUGUAAAAAAGAAAUGAAAUUUGAAUAACAUGUAUGAUGAUAAUGAUUUAGUAUUCUUGAAAGGUAAAAACUUAAUUUACUGUUUAAACCAAAAAAAUCACUGAAAUUGUUUAUUCAUUAACAACAUACAGGUGUAUAAGUAAUCAGUGUUAAGGUGUUUGUCUAAACAUACCAUAUGGAAGAAAAUGUAAUUGAUUUAAUAUAGCAAGUGAACACAUGGGAGAGAGCAGAAAAAGUUGUGGUGCUUGUUGGGUAGAUAAUUUCGUCAGUGUUUUUCCUUGUUAUGUCCUGUCUACUCUCAUUUUUAUGUGUAUGUAUGUAUAUUUAUUGCAUAAAAUCUGUAUGCUUUUGUUAAGUUUUUACACAGCCAUUUUAUUUGUGUAUCCAUGGUUAUAUGUAUGUACAGGUGGGUGCUUUGAAAAAGGAAAACUUAUUUAAUAAUAAAUGACACUUGUAAUGAUGAGCAAUAAAAUAUUUAUUUGAUCAAAA